GCGCCGCCAUGUCGCAUGCGAACAGCAUGGCCGCCAGACGAACCGGCGGUUGACACGCUAGUGCGCGAGCGGGAGGGGAGUGCGGUUAACACCACGAGCGACGAGGACGCGGUGCGGAUUUCUCGAUUUCCCGAACCCGAGGCACGACGAAUGUGCUCGCAUCUUCGAACGAACAAUCGUGCUGACGAAGACGACAACAUCAACGAAAUAAUAAUGUACAUACUACGGCCGAUAGUAACCUCUACGGAUGCGCAUCCGCGCGUGCGAUGUAUGUACGAGAUGCGAAAUAUUCAAGGGAAUAAGGUGUCGCAACUUCAAUGUGACGAUAUGACCGAAACGACCGCAACAACAACGACGGCGACGACGACGACGACGACGACGACGGCGGCGACGACAACGGCGGAGUUGAUAGCGAUAACAACGAGAGUGACGCCGCCGUGCGAUGGUACCAAGAUGCCCGAUGUCACAGAGCAGGUUAUCCGCCUUCUGCAGAACACAUCACCGGACUACAAUAUAUUGGCGACCAGGCAAGAGGAAAUACUCAAGCAGCUGGCAGAGCUCAAAGCGCAGAUCUUUAAAUUGUGCAAAUUCUUGAAGCGGUCUAGUCAAGAAACUAUAAAAAGCAAGAUGUUGAGCGAAAUAUACCAAAAUGUAGCUGCGGGAGAUUGCGUAUCUGAGGUACCAGUUGAAGUUAAUCUAGUAUUAAACAUAAACCCAUGGAAGCCACCAUACUCUGUAUAUGCAUUACAAAAGAUUUGGAAGGACACUAACAUCCUUGUGAAAUCGUACACUCAUUCUAGUAUUGUUGGACGAGUACCUAUCGAUUUCUCCAGCAGUAUUCAUUCUGAUGCAAACAAUGUUGUGAAUUUGACUGUAAUAUUUAAAGCAGUUGAUGAUUUGGAAGUUGUCACAAACUUGCUAAGAUAUCCUAUAAUCGGUGAAACGAAUUUUCUCAGAUACAUGAGCAGAUUGAUAAAUGCGCACAAUUACGAGAAGAAGGACCUUGUGUCCGUCUGCGUAAUAGAUAAUGUUCUCGAUUUGUGUUGUCGCGUGCGUUAUCAAACGUCUCGUGACAAAACAGACGAAUUAAUGGCCAUAUUGUAUCGAGAACUGGAGCAAAGCCGGUGGAACGGCAAAGACGAGCCGAAUAUCGCAGAUAUCGCCGCGUGGUCCACAAUAAAACAGUUCUCGUCGAACAAAAGAUUGCCGCACAUUAUUCAAAGGUGGUACGAUAUUUGCGAAAAGUCUUUUAUGGACAAUGCUUCGACUAAUUAGUGAGUUUUCUUCCGUUUAUCAAAGAUUUUAAAUGCAUUAAGUUUAAGCGCGUUUUGAAAUUUUAAUAAAUAAUUCUGUUUUGCCCUUUA